UCCCUGCAGGUGCAGAUGCCAGACACGCGGGGCCAGGGCGGGCGCUCCGCCUCGCCCCAGCGCGGCCCCGCUAGGACCCGGGUCUCAGCCCGGGGCCACGCCGGGCCGGGGUUCGGCCCGGCUGAGGCGCCUUCCAGCGGCCCGGGAGAGCCGCCGCGAAACCCCCGUCGCUCCGGCGCACAAAAGAGGGCUCCGGGCAGGCAGCGCUCCCCGCCGCCGACGCCCCCACAGCCACCGCCCCCCUCCGGCUCCGCGGCUGCCGGGGCGGGGCGAGCCGGCUGGAGGGGCCGCCCCGCGCCGGAUCCGCCGCCGGGGCGGGCGGCGGGGAAGGGGCGGAGAGCGGGGGCGCCGCCACCGCCCCCCGGCCCGCCCCGCCCGCCGCGCCCCGUGGUGCCGGCGCGGGCGCGGGGCCGAGGCAGAGGCGGCGAGGCCGGCGGGGCGCUCACACCGCGCCCGCCGCCGCCGGGCAUGGAGGGCGCCGAGGCGGCCGCCCGCGGCAGCAGCAGCCCCAGCCCCGCGCAGCCCCGCGGCUCCUCCUGCGGCCCCGGGCCGGCCGGCGGCGAGGCGGCAGCGGCCAUGGAGGAGCCGCUCGGGGAGGCUCCGUCCCCGGAGGUAACGGCGGCGAGGAAGCAGCAGGGGGUGAAGCGGCAUCACCACAAGCACAACCUGAAGCAUCGCUACGAGCUGCAGGAGACCUUGGGCAAAGGCACCUAUGGCAAAGUCAAGCGGGCCAUCGAGAGGUUCUCUGGCAGAGUGGUUGCAAUAAAAUCCAUUCGUAAGGACAAAAUUAAGGAUGAACAAGAUAUGGUUCACAUCAGACGGGAGAUUGAGAUCAUGUCAUCCCUCAGCCACCCUCAUAUCAUCACCAUAUAUGAAGUGUUUGAAAAUAAAGAUAAGAUUGUGAUCAUCAUGGAGUAUGCAAGUAAAGGAGAGUUGUAUGAUUACAUCAGUGAGAGGCGGAGAUUAAGUGAAAGAGAGACAAGACACUUCUUUCGACAAAUAGUCUCUGCUGUACAUUACUGCCACAAGAACGGUGUUGUCCACAGGGACCUAAAAUUGGAAAACAUCCUUCUUGAUGACAAUUUUAAUAUUAAGAUUGCUGAUUUUGGACUCUCCAACCUUUUUCAUAAAGACAAGUUUCUGCAGACCUUUUGUGGAAGCCCACUGUAUGCUUCCCCUGAAAUAGUUAAUGGCCGACCUUACAGAGGCCCAGAGGUUGACAGCUGGGCCCUUGGUGUAUUGCUUUACACUCUGGUUUAUGGAACGAUGCCCUUUGAUGGCUUCGAUCACAAAAAUCUCAUCAGGCAGAUCAGCAGUGGAGAAUAUCGUGAGCCAACACAGACCUCAGAUGCUCGUGGUCUUAUCAGAUGGAUGCUGAUGGUGAACCCUGAACGCCGGGCAACCAUUGAAGACAUUGCCAACCACUGGUGGGUUAACUGGGGCUACAAGAGUAGUGUUUGUGACUGUGAUGCCAUGAGGGACUCUGAGUCCCCAUUGCUGGCAAGAUUCAUUGAUUGGCAUCAUCGUUCUACUGGCCUCCAACCAGAGACUGAUACCAAAAUGAAGUGCCUUUCUAAGCCCAAAGGUCCUGAAGUCACACUAGAGAGACAAAGAUCUCUGAAAAAAUCAAAAAAGGAAAAUGACAUUGCACAGUCCAUCCAGGAAGGAGGAGCUGAAAAUGCAACCAAACCCAAUUCCAAGAGACCCAAAGGCAUCCUGAAGAAAAGGAGCAACAGUGAGCAUCGAUCUCACAGUGCAGGUUUCAUUGAAGGAGUGGUCAGCCCAGUGUUACCCUCUGCUUUUAAGCUGGAGCAAGAGUUGUGUAGGACUGGCGUAGCCAUUAAAAGUGUUGUGGAGGUAGAGGUAGCUGGCAAAUAUGGCACUAAGCAGUCUUCACUCAUGCCAAAAAAAGGAAUCUUAAAGAAGACUCAGCAGAGGGAGUCUGGCUAUUACUCCUCUCCAGAACGAAGCGAAUCUUCUGAACUCUUGGACAAUAAUGAUGAGACAGUAAAUAGUGACACUUCUCCAGGGGUCACAGAGCUAUCCAGAAAUGGGUCUUACAGCCAUUCCUGCAGGCGUAAGGGCAUCUUGAAACACAACAGCAAGUAUUCUCCCAGCAGCACUGAAUCUACUUUGAUUAGCCCUGAGACACCAACGCUGGAGGCCAUGGAAGAAGCGAUCCUGCCUGGAGAUGCAUUACCUCGAAGUUACAGUCGCCCUUCCAGCGUGAUUAGUGAUGACAGUAUUUUGUCCAGUGACUCAUUUGAUUUGCUGGAUUUGCAAGAGAACAGGCCAAACAGACAGAGAAUACGGAGCUGUGUCUCUGCUGAAAAUUUCCUCCAGAUCCAAGACUUCGAAGGACUUCAGAACCGCCCACGGCCACAGUAUCUAAAGCGUUAUCGUAACCGUCUGGGGGACAGCAGUUUUUCUCUUCUCACAGACAUGGAUGAUGUGACUCAGGUCUACAAGAAAGCCCUAGAGAUCUGCAACAAGCUCAACUAGUGGAGGGAAGAUGGAAAAGGAGGGAAGGGAGGUUUUCUGUGUACCUUUAUGAUGGAGUAAGCCAGGUCACUGAUUUGCUGACAAUGGUAGGUUUUGCUUCAGAGGUGCUGACUGUACCUACUUAGCUGAACUCCUAGUAAACUAGCCCCAAAGCCAUCUCACACUUCUCUAAUCUUGUGCCCUCAAAAUAUUACCUACCUGACCAGAGAAAAACCUUUGGUCUUUGUGUCUGUGAGGAAAGCACAUCAGGAGCUAGCUGGCAAAAGCAUCAAGAUUUGAUGGCUCUAAGUCAGACAGAAUUAAAACUGGAAGUGAGGGAUACAUGUUUUGAGAUGUUUCUAAUUAAUAUCAGUUAAGCUUUAUCAAGAGAUGAGCUGAAUUCUUCAAGUCCAAUUUGGAUGCCUUUUAGAAAGAGAGGCUUUAGUUCCCCCUGAAGUUAUUCAUCUGAAUACAGUUAUUGCACAGUGGGGACCUUUGGCUUGCAUUAUGCAGCAGGCCAGGCUAGGUAGUCACCAUAGUCCCUUCCACCAGAGUGACCUGAGAGGUUCUGAACAUGUUCUGGGACAGAUAAUCUGAGAGACUUGCCCCAGAAAAACACCCCAUGAGGUGUUUGUGGACAAGCGAUGGAGCAGACAUUCAGAUCCGGACUCUCCCACAGGGUCCGAAGCCAUUGCUCUUCAGUGAGCAGAAAGUUCUAAAACUGUUUCCAACUACUGCUCCUACUAGCAAAAAGAGAGCCACAGAAACAAUAAAGGGAUCUGGAAGGAAGGGAUGUUAUCAGCAGCUAAAUGACCUUUUAAGGCAUUUCAACCCAUGUGUUCCACUUGUGACUCUUUCAAAACGACCAGCCAGAUGAAUGCUCAGAUAAAGAUGGAUCUGACAAAGGGUCUCAACAGUUAGCUGACCCUCCAAUCUAGAGUUCAGUCACUAUCAGCAAAUGGUGCCACCUUGCUGCUAGCUUGUAGUAUUUGGGAGUGACAGGUAGUUUGUGACCUGAAUGUUAGGUAAGGAAAAGGUUGUAGCAUGUAGGAAACAGAUAGAGGUCAGAAAGUUAGUGGGAAGAUGCCUUUCUCCGUAUGAAAAUGUUUUUAGGUAGGUGGUAAUGGAGCAGAAAGAAUUGAGCGAUGAAAUGAUAAUGUUAGGUUUAAUAACAGAGUUAGCAGACCUGCUUCUAUCCUAGUGUAGCUGGUACUGAGUGUGCAAUGACACCAGUUUGAAAAAAAAAAAGGAUAUGUGUUUGUGUUCUCAGAUAUCCAACUAUCCAGACCGAAGGCUUCAACUCCCAUAAAGGUACCACAUGGGUCUACUGGAUUACCUGAAUGUAAGCCUAUGUCAGAAAGGCACUGUGUGUUUGACAGGCCUGGGCAAACUGGAAUAUUCAGGCCCAUUUCAGUCUCAUUUCCGUGAGCACAUAGCCCCUGGCUUUCUUGGAGGUGCACUGGUGUGAUUAAAUCACAGGUUUCAGCCUAUGCUGUCAAAUGAUCCACAGCUGCAAAACUUGCAUCUACAUGCAUACCCAGAGCAGAGGAGCAUGGGGCAAGUUCUGGUCUCACUCCUGCCCUGAAACUGGAACUGAAAGCAGAAUUUGACCCACUGUGUCCCAAAUCCUAGAGGUGGUGCAGGAGCGGAAUAGAGUUCCUCUGGGGAUUCCUUGGGAAUUGGAGAUAACUCCAUAAAUCAUUGGCAUCUGAGGCAGGAAGCUAUUUCACUUGCAGAUUCCUUAUUCAGUGUAUCAUGGUAUUAAGUCUGGUGGUUCCUCCUAAAAAUCAACUGGGCUGCCUAGCAUAAAGAUGAACCAACUUGAGUUUCCUAAAUCAGUUAAUCUGCCUCUAUGGAGAACCUUUACUUAUUACUUAUUUCCUUACACUGGACCAAAUUUGGCUCUGAAAUAAAUGGCAUCAAUACCAUGAAAUCUCUGAGAGACAUGCUCUCAAGCAGUCAAGUGAAAUCUGGCUCACUGUUGUUUGCCUAGGAAGGGCAACUGCAAGUCACUUCUCUGCAGAUGUGUACCUCUCUGUAUGAUAGUCAGACAUCUCAACUUCUCUCACAAGCCCUGCAUGUGCUCUUUUAGCCCAUCCCAAACCAACACCCCAUUUUGCAGUGUAUCGAGUUAACAGGUUUGCUGUGGUGCAUUUUAAAACAACUCAACAUAGUCUCCAUGGCCCUUCUGAAACAAGGGUGGAUGUGCCUUGCAGCCAUGGCUUUUAACCCGUGCCCUGGAGUGUAAGAGCUACAUCCUUAGCUGGUGUGAAUUAGCGCUGUCCCGCUGACGUGCCGGAGCAUCACUUCGGUGGGGUUACGCUGAUUGACACCUUCCCUGCACGUGUGGCACUAAACUUUGAAUGGAUUGAUAGAGGUUUCAGGAUGAAGGGAAGGGAACUCAGCGAGCCAUGGCAGGGAAGUGAGGAGCACCCCAAAGGCUCCUAUCUCCCGAGGCUUUUGCCCAGGCCUGCUUCCUUGUGUACAAAUGUGAAUGAGUGAGUGACUGCUUGCUGCCAAACUGGAAAUGUUAUGUAGGGAUUUACUGGCAUGUUACUGGCAUGUUACAUGUUUACUGGCAUGUUAUCAUUCCUAGAAGAGAAGAAAAAAAAAAACUUGACUGCACAUUGUUAUUAUUAGUGUUGUGAUUCUUAUUUAAUUUUUUUGUAAUACAAAGUCGACUUUUUUAUUUGAAUUUGUUUUUUUUUUUAUUUAUUGGUCUGAAAGCCAUUUCAAAGGUAUAAUAAUAUAUUUGGUGUAAUUUAAUUGGUGCAACAUUAUUUUACAGCUCCGGCCAAAAUUGUUUGGUGUUAUUUUUUGGGUUUUUGUUUUUUUCUCCCAAUCCUUGGUUGGUUUGAGCUCUAUGAGGCACACAGGGAAAAACGCUGGAUAAUCACCCAAAGUGUUUGUAUUUUUAAUCUGAUACUGUUUUUUAUUAAAUAAAAUGAAGUUAAUGUAACUGUGAA